UAGGCCGGUACGAUAAUGAAGGCGGCCGCGGCACUGUCUUGCAUGCUUUCUUACAAUGUACUUUAAUACUGUAUUAAAGUUUGGGGUAAUUCUUUUUUUUUCCAUGGACAAGACUAUACAAGCGACUUACUUUGUGAUGGUUGUCUAUUUUUUGAUUCUGAAACUCAGCUUCUAGUUAUUAAGGGAGGGAGGAAAACAAUAUUAAAAUAAUCUGAUUCAAUUUAUUACUGAACUGAUGGAAUUACAUUGCUGCCAAGAUAGCAACUCAUGUCUAUAGACCCAUCUGUCUCCCUGCCGUCCCCAUUUUUUUCUGGGGAAAAAAGCAAAUUUCUGAAUUCCUCAGGUCUGCAACAAAUUUACCCUGAUAAAUUUAAGACGAGAGGAGUAAAAAGGGAAGAAAAGCAGUGAAACGGUUCGGGACCUCAUAUGCUGACAGACCCCAUUGUCUGUGGACGUCUACAGUGCAAGUCGUGACAAUGAAGAUGAAAGCGGUGCAUAAAUGGAUAAGCAAAAACAGACCUCCAGUGUAGAUCUACUGCUUUGCCUUUAUUUGAAGAAAUUUUCUGGAGCAGUGCUUGCUUUCUACAGCAAGGAAAUGAAUCCAAAUGCAGAAGAAAUCAGAAACUCCUGGGAGGGACCAAUUUGAAAUUAAUUUGGACAACGUGGAUAAUAAGCAGAAGAAUACUCUGAAAGAAGUGUCAAAAAAGGCACUUUAUAAUGCAAUAUUCGAGAAAAGAAAGUUGUUAGCUGUUUAGCUCAAUGCUAACCCCCCUACCCCCGGUAGACUGUUUCUAAAUUAUGGAAAUUUUGUGGAAGACGUUGACUUGGAUGUUGAGCCUUGUCAUGGCUGCUUCUGAAUUUCAAAGCAACAAUAGAAUUUCUCAUAUUUCACAAGAGGAAUUCCUUUCGUACCUUGAGCACUACCAGCUCACGGUUCCUAUGCAAGUGGAUCAAAAUGGAGACUUCAUGAGCUAUACUGUGAAACACAACAGACACUUGCGACGGAAGAGAAGUAUAGAUCCUGUUGACCAAGAUAUCUCAGAAUCUAGGUUGUUUUACAAACUCUCUGCCUAUGGAAGGCACUUUUAUUUAAAUCUGACACUGAACACUCAUUUGGUGUCUAAACAUUUUACUGUAGAAUAUUGGGAUAAAGAUGGACCAGAAUGGAGACAUGAUUUUAUAGAUUAUUGCCAUUAUAUUGGAUACCUUCAGGAUCAACAUAGCACAACAAAUGUAGCUUUAAGUAAUUGUAAUGGCUUGCAUGGUGUUAUUACAACAGAAGAAGAACAGUACUUUAUUGAGCCACUGAAGAAUAUAGGAUCACAGAAUGCCAGUAGUUUAAGAUUUGAAGAAGGACAGCCACAUGUUAUUUAUAAAAAAUCUUCUGUCCCAUACCAAUUGAAGAAUGAUGAAUCCAACUGUGGAGUUACAGAUCUUACAAGACAUCCAGAUCCACUGUGGAUGAAACAACAUUCAGCCAAUACCAUUUCUUCAAUGUUCAACUCCUCCAGUUUGUUCCGUCGCCAUAAGAGAUCAGUUAGUUCAGAGCGCUUUGUGGAAACUUUAGUUGUUGCUGACAAAAUGAUGGUUGGGUACCAUGGCCGCAAGGACAUUGAACACUACAUUUUAUCUGUAAUGAAUAUUGUUGCCAAACUUUACCAUGAUUCCAGUCUAGGAAAUGUUGUGAACAUUAUUGUGACUCGCCUGAUAAUUCUAACAGAGGACCAGCCAAACCUGGAGAUAAACCAUCAUGCAGACAAAUCCCUUGACAGCUUCUGCAAAUGGCAGAAAUCAAUCCUCUCUCAUCAAAGUGAUGGAAACACCAUUCCAGAAAAUGGGAUUGCUCACCAUGAUAAUGCUGUUUUAAUUACCAGAUAUGACAUCUGCACAUACAAAAAUAAACCCUGUGGAACUCUAGGCUUGGCCUCUGUGGCAGGAAUGUGUGAGCCUGAGAGAAGCUGCAGUAUUAAUGAAGACAUUGGGCUGGGCUCAGCUUUCACAAUUGCUCAUGAAAUCGGUCACAAUUUUGGCAUGAACCACGAUGGAAUUGGAAACUCCUGUGGGACUAAAGGUCACGAAGCAGCAAAACUGAUGGCGGCUCAUAUUACAGCUAAUACCAAUCCCUUUUCCUGGUCAGCCUGCAGCAAAGACUAUAUUACCAGUUUCCUUGAUUCAGGUCGUGGGACAUGCUUAGACAAUGAACCACCAAAGCGGGACUUCUUCUACCCUACUAUAGCUCCAGGGCAAGUCUAUGAUGCUGAUGAACAGUGUAGGUUCCAGUAUGGGGCAACUUCUCGACAAUGUAAAUAUGGGGAAGUGUGUAGAGAGCUCUGGUGUCUCAGCAAAAGUAACCGCUGUGUCACCAACAGCAUCCCAGCUGCAGAGGGAACUUUGUGCCAGACUGGAAGCAUAGAAAAAGGGUGGUGCUAUCAGGGAGAAUGUGUUCCUUUUGGCACAUGGCCUCAGAGUGUGGAUGGUGGCUGGGGACCAUGGUCACUAUGGGGCGAGUGCAGCCGGACAUGUGGGGGUGGAGUGUCAUCCUCAAUUAGACACUGUGACAGUCCAGCGCCUUCUGGUGGAGGAAAGUACUGUCUUGGGGAGAGAAAACGUUACCGCUCCUGUAAUACUGAUUCUUGUCCAACAGGAGCUCGUGAUUUUCGGGAAAAGCAGUGUGCAGAUUUUGACAACAUGCCUUUUCGUGGGAAGUAUUACAACUGGAAACCAUACACUGGAGGUGGAGUUAAACCCUGUGCUUUAAACUGCCUAGCUGAAGGCUACAACUUCUACACAGAACGAGCUCCAGCUGUUAUUGAUGGAACACGAUGCCAUGCUGACUCUCUAGAUAUCUGCAUAAAUGGAGAAUGCAAGCAUGUAGGCUGUGAUAACAUCUUGGGCUCUGAUGCAAAAGAAGAUCGUUGCCGUGUAUGUGGCGGUGAUGGCAGCACGUGUGAAGCAAUUGAAGGCCUCUUUAAUGACUCUCUGCCGAGGGGAGGUUAUAUGGAGGUGGUUCAGAUUCCAAAAGGGUCCGUACAUAUUGAAAUUAGAGAAGUGGCCAUGUCAAAAAAUUACAUUGCCUUAAAAUCUGAAGAAGAUGACUACUAUAUCAAUGGUGCCUGGACCAUCGAUUGGCCAAGAAAAUUUGAUGUAGCUGGAACAGCUUUCCACUAUAAGAGACCAACAGAUGAACCAGAAUCUUUGGAAGCGUUGGGUGCUACAACAGAAACUCUUGUCGUUAUGGUCCUACUUCAAGAACAGAAUCUGGGAAUUAAGUACAAAUUUAAUGUUCCAAUCAUUCGUACUGGUAGUGGAGACAAUGAAGUUGGAUUUGUUUGGCAUCACAUGCCCUGGUCAGAAUGUUCUGCAACAUGUGCUGGAGGUUCCCAAAAACAAGAGCUGGUGUGUAAAAGAUUGGACGACAACUCAGUUGUGCAGAAUAGCUAUUGUGACCCAGACAGUAAACCCCCAGAAAACCAACGGACCUGCAAUACUGAGCCCUGUCCGCCAGAGUGGUUUAUCGGUGACUGGACAGAAUGCAGCAAAACAUGUGAUGGGGGAAUGCGCUCUAGAACCGUACUUUGUAUCCGAAGAAUUGGGCCAGCAGAAGAGGAAACUUUAGAAGACAGUCACUGCCUGACACAUCGACCAAUAGAAAAAGAGGCCUGCAACAAUCAGUCUUGUCCACCUCAGUGGGUAGCCUUGGAUUGGUCAGAGUGUACACCAAAAUGUGGUCAAGGUUUUAAGCAUCGCAUUGUCCUGUGCAAAAGUAGUGACCUCAGCAAGAACUUUCCACUUAACCAGUGUCCAGAGGGUAGUAAACCACCUGUGAGGAUUCGUUGUACACUUGGCCGUUGUCCACCUCCUCGUUGGGUUACUGGAGAAUGGGGUUUGUGCUCAGCACAGUGUGGAUUGGGUCAACAGAUGCGCACAGUACAGUGCCUCUCCUACACUGGACAAACCUCAAAUGAAUGUGCUGAAAAUCUUCGCCCAUUGACAAUGCAGCAGUGUGAGAGCAAAUGCGAUGCCACUCCUAUCUCCAACACAGAAGAAUGCAAAGAUGUGAAUAAAGUGGCUUACUGCCCACUGGUGCUGAAGUUUAAAUUUUGCAGCCGAACCUACUUUAGGCAGAUGUGUUGUAAAACCUGUCAAGGCCACUGAACCACAGACAUAAGGAGAGACAGAGAAACUGUAUGCAACAUCCUCAUCAUUUUCAUUACUAUUAUUAAAACCAGAGAAAAUGACAGUAAACUCUGAAUAUGCUUUUUAUCCUGUGGAAGUUUCAACCACUGGUCAGCACCUGCUGAUGAGAUUUCAACUUUAUUUUACUUCUGUGAAGUGGGAUUUUAGAUUUUUCUGUUUUUUUAAUCCAAAGUGCUGGACACAUCACAUUGAGAAGGUAUGCAAAAGAAAAUGAACAUCUAUAUCACAAUACAAGCAAACCAAUAAAUGUACAGUAUUUCUUUUUUUAAAUUGUUACCAACAGCAUGGUGAUAUGUAGCGCAUGGAACAGGUUUGAUUGUAGAUUUCACUGAUGCAUUCAUUUCCACUGUUUGUAUGUAUAUGCAUGCAUACAUGUGUAUGUAAAGUAACUCUGCCUGUGGGCUAUGAUAUAUAUAUAUAUAUAUAUAUAUAUAUAUAUAUAUAUAUAUAUAUAUAUAUAUAUAUAUAUAUAU